AUGGCCGAGGAGGAUGAGAGCAGUAAACGUAUAGUUAGCGACGUGCGCACCGCUGCCGACCUCGGCCCCGACGUCCUCCUCGUCAUAGGGGGCCUGCUCGACCCCGAGGCGCUCGUCUCCGCAAACCAAGUGUGCCGCGCGUGGCGGACCACGCUGUCCACCAGCUCCAUCCCAUGGCGCGAGGCGUGUACCCGUGCCCACAUCGACGAGUGGGCCAGCGGCCUCGGGCCGCGCGAGCGAGGUAACGUUGUCCCCUGGACACCGCUGACUCUAGUCCUGCGCCACGUCCGCACCGAGCGCGCGUGGGCACUAGGCGAGGCGCGCAUCUCGUCCCGCGUGCUCGACUUCACUGUGGAGCGAUGGGACCAGCUCCACAUCGACGCGCGGACCGGCCUGGCGCUGAUGCGUCCCGCCCCCGACGACGAGGGCAUCGACGAUAACGCGCUGGUGGAUACGCGGACGUGGACCGCCGCGCACAUCAUCCCCGCCGGCCAGUACAGUGGUGACGAUGCCAUAUACGAUGGGGUGUUUGUGCGCCGCAACCAAGUGGGCGUGACUGCUUCCAACAUAGAGCGUUCGCCGUGGUCGGUGGAGCUGGUGCAGGUCUGCACCGUCCCCAAAGCGACCGACACGGCGGUGAUGGCGUUCGGCACGGGGCACAGGGCCGCCGCGGGGAUCGUCGAGCUCAUUACGAUCGAAGGGCGUGUCUCCCUCCGCGUCCGCGCGCCGCCCGACUGGACUCCACACAUGGUCGAGACGGACACGGACUUUAUCUCGGGGGACGAUCUCAUCCCUGCUUUCACUGAGACGAUGCUGGCGCUCGUACAGAGCGACGGGACAGCGCUGUGGCCGCGCCGCGGCGCCGAUGUGGGGGGACGCGCGCCGGUGUUUCCCUUCUGGUCGACCCGGGGCGUGGGGCUCGCGUACCGCGUGAAGGUGGCGAGCAGCCAGUCGGCAGGGCUCGGUAGGGCAGCGUUCACCCACGCCAAGCCCCUCCUGGCCAGCGACAGCGCGUUCGAUGGGGUCGUAGAUGUCGAGACCUCCGAGCUGGAGCCGAUCGUCGAGCUGCCCCCCCCGUGCUUCAGCGGAACCGACAUGCUGCAGGUAGCGCAAGGCCUGAGGGGGGACACGCUCCUCGUUGUGCGCGACUACGCGUCGGCAUUCGACGACGUGGUGAGGAGCGGCAGCGUCAGGACGGAUCAACAGGCCGAGCUCCGCGGCCGGGUGAUUGCGCUGCGCUUCGACGGGAUGAUAUACGCUAUCAAAGCUUAUGGGCCACGAUUCGCCAUCGCGGUGGGAACCGACGUCGUCGUGCUCGACUGGCGUCGACUGCCUGCAAUGCCCGCUGCGGGCGGCACGCUGCCCCCGCCCGACCUGUGCCUGCUGGUCCUCAGCGGCGCUUUCCCAUCCCAGAACGACGACAGCAUGCGCCUCUCAUACCACAAGCUUGCGAUUGAUGAGAGGGCAGUGUACGUCUUUAACGCGGCGUCGAGGAGCAUGACGGUGCAUGCAUUUGGAGAGUAG